GCUGUGGUAACAGAUGAUGAGAUUGUUGAUGUUGAUGAUAAUUUCAUGGACCCACAAUUAUGUGCAACCAUGGCUUGUGACAUUUACAAGCACUUGCGAGCAUCUGAGGCAAAGAAAAGGCCUUCCACAGACUUCAUGGAAAGAGUCCAAAAAGACAUUAAUUCCAGCAUGCGUGCAAUUCUUAUUGAUUGGCUUGUUGAGGUUGCUGAAGAAUACAGGCUUGUCCCAGAUACAAUGUAUUUGGCUGUUAACUACAUAGAUCGCUAUCUUUCUGGCAACACAAUGGAUAGGCAACGGUUACAAUUGCUUGGCGUAGCAUGCAUGAUGAUUGCCGCAAAAUAUGAGGAGAUCUGUGCACCCCAGGUUGAAGAGUUCUGCUAUAUAACUGAUAACACAUACUUCAAGGAGGAGGUUUUGCAAAUGGAAUCGGCUGUUCUAAACUACUUGAAGUUUGAAAUGACAGCACCAACAGCUAAAUGUUUUCUGAGGCGAUUUGUUCGUGCUGCUCAAGGGGUCAACGAGGUAUAAUCUUGGACUCGGUAACUGAUUGUUGGUUUUCUUUGCUCUAGUAUGUCCAAAGUUUGAACAUUAUAAUUUUUGGUAGUUCUUCGCUGUCUAAUGCCUUUAUACAAGUUAAAGGUCAAUAUCAUUACAUUUUUAACCAAUUACAAUCAC